UUGUUUAUUCAGGUUCCUAGUGGUACCACUGACAUAAGUGAUUCACGUGGAGAUCCGCUGAAAGGACCCGCUCACCCAUUGGAUCCUGCCCUCGGCCUUACAGCCAUCGCCAUUUACGACUACCAGAAGAAUGACGACGAUGAGAUCAGCUUUGAGCCGGAUGACAUUAUCACGAAUAUCGAGCAGAUUGAUGCCGGAUGGUGGAGAGGAGUAUGUAAUGGGCAGUACGGUCUGUUUCCUGCCAACUACGUGGAAUUGCGAUGA